AGAUGUCCGCGGCGCGCCACGGCGCACGCUCGGGGGCGGAGCAGGCGCGUCAGGCUCGGCGGCAGCGGCGCGGGCGGCGGCGGGGACUCGCGGGACGCAGCUGCCUCUGCGCCCGCGACCAGCGCCGCCGUCACUUCGGCGGAGGGCUGCGGGGCGCCUACGACCAAGCUGCUGGAACUCCAUUUUCAAGAUGAAGUUUUCAUUGGCAAUCUCCUUUUUUAUUUUCAUGUCCUUGUGGGUUGAAGAGGCUUGUUCUAAAGAAAAAUCUUCCAAGAAAGGGAAGGGAAAAAAGAAGCAGUAUCUGUGCCCAUCUCAGCAGUCACCAGAGGACCUUGCACGUGUGCCCCCCAACUCCACCAGCAACAUCUUGAACAGGCUGCUGGUCAGCUAUGAUCCCAGGAUAAGACCAAACUUCAAAGGCAUUCCUGUUGAUGUAGUAGUCAACAUUUUUAUUAAUAGUUUUGGAUCCAUUCAAGAAACAACCAUGGACUAUAGAGUUAACAUUUUCUUGAGACAGAAAUGGAACGACCCCAGGCUCAAGCUCCCUAGUGACUUCAGAGGUUCAGAUGCACUGACAGUAGAUCCCACAAUGUACAAGUGCUUGUGGAAGCCUGACUUAUUCUUUGCAAAUGAAAAAAGUGCCAAUUUUCAUGAUGUAACCCAAGAAAACAUCUUAUUAUUUAUUUUUCGUGAUGGAGACGUCCUUGUGAGCAUGAGGUUGUCUAUUACUCUUUCAUGCCCUUUGGACUUAACUCUGUUUCCCAUGGAUACACAACGCUGCAAGAUGCAACUUGAGAGCUUUGGUUAUACAACCGAUGAUUUGAGAUUCAUCUGGCAGUCAGGAGAUCCUGUUCAGUUGGAAAAAAUUGCUUUACCUCAAUUUGAUAUUAAAAAGGAAGAUAUCGAAUAUGGCAACUGUACAAAAUACUAUAAAGGCACUGGCUACUACACUUGUGUGGAGGUCAUCUUCACCCUGAGAAGACAGGUUGGGUUCUACAUGAUGGGUGUUUAUGCACCAACCCUGCUGAUUGUGGUCCUCUCCUGGCUCUCCUUCUGGAUCAACCCUGAUGCUAGUGCUGCCAGGGUGCCCCUGGGCAUCUUCUCGGUGCUCAGUUUGGCCUCAGAGUGUACCACCCUUGCUGCAGAGCUUCCCAAAGUGUCUUAUGUAAAGGCACUGGAUGUGUGGCUCAUUGCCUGUCUGCUCUUUGGGUUUGCUUCUCUGGUGGAGUAUGCUGUUGUUCAGGUGAUGUUGAACAAUCCCAAAAGGGUUGAAGCUGAAAAAGCCAGAAUUGCCAAGGCUGAACAAGCAGAUGGGAAAGGUGGAAAUGCAGUAAAGAAGAAUACUGUGAAUGGCACGGGAACUCCUGUCCAUAUCAGCACUCUGCAGGUUGGUGAGACCAGAUGCAAAAAAGUUUGUACUUCCAAGUCUGAUCUGAGAUCCAAUGACUUCAGCAUUGUUGGAAGCUUACCAAGAGAUUUUGAAUUAUCCAAUUAUGACUGUUAUGGAAAACCUAUUGAAGUCAACAAUGGACUUGGGAAAUCACAGGCUAAGAACAACAAGAAGCCUCCGCCUGCCAAGCCUGUCAUUCCAACAGCAGCCAAGCGCAUUGACCUCUAUGCAAGAGCACUAUUUCCUUUCUGUUUCUUGUUCUUCAAUGUCAUAUAUUGGUCUAUAUAUUUAUGAUAAACCAUUUCCAUUUGUAUGAAAUAGAAUACCAUUUCAUUGUGACCAAUGCAAUUCAUAAUUGCUGAUCUGUGAAAAAUUUGCAUUUUCAUAGCAAUAUAUUGCAUUCUGGAUGCCACUUAAUUAUAAUAAAAUACAGCACCUUACUUUUGAAUGGCAGCAUGAUCCUGUAAUGUCUCUGCUCCAAUAUGAGAUAGAUAAAUAGAUAG